AUUCCCUUUUUCCAGGUUGUUAGACAUUGUGCUUGCAUCUGACAGUGCUUUUUGGCACGAAUGCAACAAGAACAUCUUAGCAGUGUUUAAUCAAAAAAGGAUUAUGUAACGUGUCAAAACACAGUAAUGAGCAUACCUUUGCACAGUUGACCCCUAAGCUGUCGCCACAUGUGUCUGUGUCGCGUGACUUGAUGAGCCAGGGAUUUCCCACACCACCCGACGACAUGGGAAGAGCUGCAUCGUCACCUGACCAAUGAGCAGUCCAUGUCACACAGUCGUUUUUGGAAAACACAUUCGUGAACAAACAAAUAAAUAAUCACCUAUAGACAAUUGAACAUAAGAGAGGAGGUACACUGCAGAGAGGAGGUACUGACAAUACUAUAGUUUCGGACAUUGAAUAAGGGCGAUCCACAAAGAAUAUGAACAAAACAAACUUGUGGUUAAAGAAUGUCCAAUCACUGAUGAGUGAGGUCCUUUGUUGCGAUGAGAUAUUCAGUGGAGAAGAAGAGUCUUGGGGAGAAGGUCGAUUGCAGUUGACGAAGAUGGAGGUGGAGCUUGAAGCAGGAAAACAGUUUUGUACAGAUUAAUGGAAGAUUACACCAGCCCAAUACUGGUGACACUGCAUCGAGGCGCCCAGUACGCCACGUUGAAAGAGUGCAACUUCUUCUUGAGUUAGCCCGGUACCAACUAACUUAACGUUUAUUAUUGUGUCAUGCUUCAGGACUAGAACACCUCCCUCCAUAAACCUGUCGUCAGUGUCAAACACUUGCAAGCACACAACAUUCCUGCUUACAUUUCUUAUGCCAUGGCACACCAGUCUAACCCACGGCUUCGCCAUCCAUUAACCGGCAUACGCGCGACUCCCGCUGGGCCUCGUUCCCACGUUGACAGAUGAUGAAGCCGUUGGUUAGAUUGCUGUGCCAUGGCAGAAGCCUUGUGGCAAGCGAGGUAACGGUAGCUGCACUCCUGUCUAAAGGCUGGUUCACAUUACUGCAUCUACGCUUACGCUUUACGGGCUGCGUUUUUACGUUCACGGUCCAACGGUGCCACCCGGCACCCCGCAAGCGACAGGUACGUUCAUAUUACUGUGUUUCGCCAAUGAGGGAGCAGGGUGGCGGUUGGGGCGCCCUCCUUCGAAAAGGAAGAGCACUGCGCGAUCGCGGCAAUCCAUGAUGGCGUCCAGCGCGGUGAAUACACAUGAAGAUCACGAUACGUUCCCUGACAGUGUUCUAAUGUGCGUCUCCAGUUAUCUUGUCCGUGCGAGGAUGGUCAACUGGGCUUUAGUCGCACAGAUGGUAUCUGCCGCCCUCAUGAUACACCAUCAGAGGACAGGUCGUCGAGAAUGGGUACGAAGGCUUCUUUGUAGUCGAGAGACAUUCGGCGAGUUCCAUCAUCUCGUACAAGAAAUGCGGCUAUUUGACGGAGAAACACACUUUAUGUAUUUUCGAAUGACAAAGGAAAGGUUUGACUACCUGCUAUCGUUGGUAGAGCCCCACAUCCAGCGGAUGGACACCGCAUUUAGGAAGGCCAUCCCUGCAGCUGAAAGGCUGGCGCUCACAUUAAGGUACCUGGCUCAUGGCUCCUCGGAACGGAUGUGUGCUACCAGUUACAGAAUUGGAAAGUCAACAGCAUGCGCAAUAAUCCUGGAAACCUGCGAGGCCAUAUGGCAUUCACUUGAACCGAUAUACCUGCAGGCUUUCGAGGGCUAGGCGUGUCAUUGAAAACUCAUUUGGAAUCCUGUCUGCAAGGUGGCGAAUUUACCAUCAACCAAUAUCAGCAAGCCUGCUUACUUUGAAGGCAAUCAUAAUGAGUACUGUAUGUCUUCACAACUAUCUGCGCACAGAAGAUGAGAGAGAGUCGUCCUUGGGUCGGCAAUACUUCCCUGUUGGCUAUGCAGAUACUGAAACGGCUGUUGGUGAAGUGUUACACUGCAGAUGGAGGGCUUCAGUUUCAUCCACGGAUGCUAUCAGGGAUGUGGCAUCACUGAGCAGUAAUAUGUACUCUGGAAAUGCCAGGACUGUGAGGGACACACAUGCAGAUUAUAUCUGUUCGAUUGGGGAGAGACAAGGCCAGUAUGAGAUUGUUCGGCGUGGCUGCCAGCCAGAGAAGUAACUUGUCUCCAUAAUGAGAUUGCCUUGUUCAGCUCCUGUUACAACAGCGUUCAUGCUUGUGCCCAUAGUAAAUCACA